AUGUCGCGCGCGAUAUCGCGCGCGCUGCGCGCGCUCGCCGCCGCGGCGUCGCCCCCCCCGCGCGUCCUCGCGACUCAGGACGUCGUCGCCGUCGCGUCGCGUCUUCGUCGUCGUCGUCGUUGUCAUCGAACCGUCGCAGGGUCGGCGUCGCGAUCGCGCGGGCUCUCCACCGCGCGCGACGACGACGACGACGAGACGUCCGCCGCUCCCGUCCCCGUGCUCAUCGUCGGCGGCGGCCCCGUCGGGCUGACGCUGUCGUACCUCCUCUCGCGAGCGGGCGUGGACAGCACGCUGAUCGAGCGCCGCGCGGACGGAGCGACGACGCACCCGCAGGCGCACUUCGUGAACAACCGAACGAUGGAGAUCUUCCGUCACGUGAGCGGGCUCGAGCGCGUCGUGACGCGAUCGCAGCCGCCGCUGAAGCACUGGAGGAAGUUUCUGUACAAGACGCAGAUGGUGGGGGGGGUGGAGCUCGGCAGGGUGGAUCACUUCGCGGGCGGCGGCGGCGGCGGGAGGGAGGGCGAGGGCGAGGGCGAGGGCGAGGAGGAGGAGGAGGAAAACCGCGACGCCGCGUCGCCGACGUCCGUCGCGCACUUCGGGCAGCACCGGCUCGAGCCGGAGCUUCUGGACCGCGCGAUCGCGGCGCAUCCGCGGGGGAUCCGCGGGUUCGCGCACGGGACGGAGUGCGUCGGCGCGACGUGCGACGACGACGGGGUGACCGCGACGGUGCGCGACGCGACGUCGCCGCGGAUGGCGGGAGCGAAGAAGAACGAUGACGAGAAGAACGCUCAACGAGAGCGGACGCUGCGCGCGUCGUACCUCGUCGCCGCGGACGGCGCGUCGUCGCGGACGCGCGAGCGUCUCGGGGUCGGACUCAGAGGCACGCCGGAGAUGCAGCACCUCGUGAACGUGCACUUCCGAUCGAGGAAACUCGCGCGCGCGCUGCGAGAGGACGACGGCGGCGACGGCGCGGCGAUGCUAUACUUCGUGUUUAACCCCUCCGUCGUCGCCGUCGUCGUCGCGCACGACGUGCGCGGCGACGGCGAGUUCGUCGCUCAGGUGCCGUACUUCCCUCCGACGCAGAGCGCGGAGGAGGACUUCGGGAUGGAGGCGUGCGUCGGGCUCGCGCGCGCGGCGGCGGGGGGCGCCGCGGCGGGCGAAAACGAAAACGAAAACGAUUCGUUCGACGACGUCGACGUGAGAAGCGUCCGCGCGUGGACGAUGUCCGCGGAAGUCGCGGACGAGUUCGUGGCUGGUCGCGGGCGCGCGUUCUUGUGCGGCGACGCCGCGCACAGGUUCCCGCCCGCGGGAGGGUUCGGGAUGAACACGGGGAUACAGGACGCGCAUAACCUCGCGUGGAAACUCGCGGUCGCCGUCGCGAGCGCCGGCGACGGCGGCUCCGGCGCGCCGAGCGCGCGGAACCUUCUGCGAAGCUAUCACGCGGAGCGCCGCCCGGUCGCGGUCGGGAACACGCGACUGAGCGUGAGCAACUUUCGCCAGGUGCUGAAGAUACCGACGGCGUUGGGGUUGCCCCCCGACGCGGCGGCGGCGCUGACCGAGGCGACGGCCGCGUUGCCGUCGUUCGCGGCGAAGGCUGCGCUCAACGCUGGGCUGGCGUUGGGCCGGGCGCAGUGCGGUGAUUUGUUGCUCACGGAUAACGCGAUAGGGAACGCGAGACGCGCGACGGUGAAGAGGAUGUGCGAAGAAGGCGGCGGGAAGACGUUGCGGUUGCAGUUCCCCACGGAGGAUCUGGGGUUCGUGUACGGACCGGGAUCUGAACACGCGGCAACGGGUGAUUGGGCGCGUCGUGACCGCGGCCAAUCGGACGACGGCCUCGGCACCGCCGCGACGCUCGUGCCCCCCGGGACUUUAGUCGUCGGCGGACGGCUCCCGCACGCGUGGCUGUCGCUUCACCUCGGUCCGAACGACGACCGAAAAUCGGCGAAACAUAUUUCCUCGUUGGACCUUCUCGAGCUGAGCGUCCUCGACGGCGCGAUCGGCGGCGACGACGCGCACGCGGCGUGGGCGACGCAAGAGUUGCGGUCCACACCCGGGGUCGUGUUCACGCUGAUCAAGACGCUGCGCGACGACGAGGAACCGCGUUCGCACUCGAUGCGGUUGACGCUCGCGAACGAUACGAUUCAGCGCUUGAGAGACGCCGCGCCGGCGGGGGUGUCGAUUCGACUCGCGAUCGUCGCUCCCACGGCAUCGAUCGCGCGCGGGGUCGAAAGGUAUUACUAUGAGGGAGGUAAACGCCCGAGCGACGACCGUUUCGUGAUCGCCGUGGACGAGAAAGGCGCGUGGACGCGAGCGGCAGGGGGCGCCGACGCGUUCGUUCGACCGGACGGUCACGUCGCGUGGAUCGGAGCUCGCGCGGACGAGCGGUCCGACGACGACGGCGACGAGGGCGUGGACGCCGGGUCGGUCGAGGUCGUCGCCGCGCUGAGACGCGAGCUCGGGAUGUAUUAGAUCGACGACGACGUGUUAGCAGCGCGUUUAAUUAGUAGGUACGGUAUCGUCGUCGUGAAUUGUUUUGUUCACAACCGGGCGUAAAUC